AACACAAUCAAUCACUUCUUCUUCAUCUUCCUCAAAUACAAAGACAUUUUUUCUUCUUAAAUAAUAUUGGAGAAAACAAAGAUAGUCUUAACCAAGACUGAAAAUUAUCAGGUGAAGAAUGGCGACUCCGGCAUGGAGCCAUGCCAAGGCUCAAUGGGUAGUCGCCAUGUUGGCGUUACUCGUUGGCUCGGCUAUGGCUACCGAACCUUAUUACUAUAGCUCUCCUCCGCCACCUUACGAGUACAAAUCUCCACCGAUUCCGGUUAAAUCUCCGCCACCUCCUUAUGAAUACAAAUCUCCUCCCCCACCGGUCAAAUCUCCUCCUCCUCCUUAUUACUAUCAUUCACCGCCCCCGCCGGUUAAGUCUCCUCCUCCUCCUUAUUACUAUCAUUCACCGCCGCCGCCGGUUAAGUCUCCUCCUCCUCCUUAUUACUAUCAUUCACCGCCCCCGCCGGUCAAGUCUCCUCCUCCUCCUUAUUACUAUCAUUCACCGCCCCCGCCGGUCAAGUCUCCUCCUCCUCCUUAUUACUAUCAUUCACCAGAAUCACUUUCACUCAACUAA